AUGGCGUCUUCUUCUUCCUCCUCCUCCUUAUCCGUCAUUACCUUCCUCCUCUUGGCGCCUCUCUGUUUGUCACGUGAAUCACCUUUGCAAAUCCCGAACGGAACCUUAGAUCUCUCUUUGCUCUGGUACGGACAAUUCACGCCGGUCCAAAAAGAGAGGGUUCACGAUUUCAUAGAAUCGCUUAACUUCGACGGCAAGGAAGGUCUUGAUCCGAAGGUAUCUUCGUGGUGGAAAGUGGUGGAGAGUUAUCAAGAGAGGUAUGAGCUGAAGGAGAUUUACCGACAGAAUAAGAAGAAGAAGAGUAGCAGAACCGUAGCUCCGAGGAUUAAGGUGAAGAUUGUCCGGAGUUACGUGGAUGAGAAGAUGAAGUUUGGAAAGGAACUGACAAUCGAUAAUGGUGAGAAACUGGUUGAGACGGCCAUCGGAAAUAUGUCCAAAGUGAUUCCCGUGGUAUUACUUGCCUCGCAAGUUAGGGCUCAUGGCGUAGGGUUUUGUAACGCAACUUGCCAACACUACGCCCUUAAAGGUCCAAAAAAACAACAACCGUACAUAAUGGUGAGCGACCCGGAGGUGCAAUGUCCCGGAGAGUGUGCCUGGCCUUUCCACAUGGCCGACAAAGGUCCACAUGGCAUGAUUUAUCAACCGCCAAGUGGCGAAAUCGGAGCCGACGCAUUGAUCAUUCAGCUAGCCACCGGUUUAGCCGACUCCGCCACCAAUCCAGCUUUAACCGAAUCCUUAUUCAAAUCUGAGCCACCGUACAGCGUCGAAGGAAACCUCAGCUCUUCGAAUUUGUAUAUAGCGGACCCUGCAACCAAGUGCACUCGGGUUUUCGGAUCCGGAGCUUUUCCGGGUUUUACUGGAAAAAUCCGGGUUGACCCGGUAACUGGUGGAGCUUUUAAUUCACACGGAAUCAACCACUUGAAAUUCUUGAUUCCUUCUGUUUGGGACCCUAAGACCAAAUCUUGCUGGACUCCUAUGUAA